GAGCGCUCUCUUCCGGUAGUAUAAAGAUUGCCACGAGUUAGCUCGCCGAGUCGGAGAGUAUCCAUCUUGAAAAGCAGCCUCCGGGACCUUGCUAAAUUUUAAACGGUGAUCACUAUGUCUGACGACGCUGAACAGCAAUUAAUGGAGACCUCCGAAAAUGGAAACGAAGCCGAAGAGCUGAAUGGAGCAGAAGAAUCCACAUUACAGCCCGAGGCGGAGGAACAAGAAAAACAGAGUUGUGAGGAAGAGGCUGCUGUGGAGGAAGUGGACGCUCAGAACGGAGCUGCAGAGGGUGGACAGAUAAAUGCAAGCAAAGGCGAGGAUGACGCUGGCAAAAUGUUUGUUGGUGGACUUAGCUGGGACACUAGCAAAAAAGACCUGAAAGACUACUUCUCCAAAUUUGGAGAGGUGACAGAUUGUACCAUCAAGAUGGACUCAAACACAGGAAGGUCACGCGGGUUUGGAUUCAUCUUGUUCCAAGCGGCAGCAAGUGUAGACAAGGUUCUUGAGCAGAAAGAACACAGGCUAGAUGGACGACAGAUAGACCCAAAGAAGGCUAUGGCAAUGAAGAAGGAACCAGCCAAGAAGAUCUUUGUUGGUGGUCUAAAUCCAGAAGCCACAGAGGAGACCAUCAGAGAAUACUUUGGAACCUUUGGGGAGAUUGAAUCCAUCGAACUCCCAGUGGACCCCAAAUUCAAAAAAAGGAGGGGUUUUAUCUUCAUCACGUUCAAAGAAGAGUCCACUGUUAAAAAAUGCCUUGAGAAAAAGUUCCACAAUGUGUGUGGAACUAAAGUAACAGAUGGAAAGGAAGGUCUUUGUGAGAUCAAAAUCGCCCAGCCCAAAGAGGUGUACCAGCAGCAGCAGCAGUUUGGAGGCCGUGGUGSGGGCAGCUAUGGAGGAGGCCGGGGAGGCAGGAGCCGUGGUGGCCAAAACCAGUAUGGCAACCAGGGUUAUAAUAACUACUGGAACCAGGGCUAUGGCAACCAGGGCUAUGGCAACCAGGGCUAUGGCAACCAGGGUUAUGGUUAUGGUGGGCAGCAGGCCUAUGGAAACUAUGGCGCUUACGGCAACUAUGACUACUCUGCUGGAUACUACGGAGGUGGCUAUGGAGGUGGCUAUGACUACAGACUCAAGUAAUCCAGAUUUGAGACUGGGGUGCGGCAGUGUGCAGGACUUCAUUCUUUCCUUUGGGAUGACAGACUUGAACUCCACUUGUACAGACCAUCUGAGGAACUGGGGAAGCAAAUGUCACUUUUCCAAGUUUUUUUUUAUUUUAUCUUUUUUUUUUUUUGUCCACAUUUCCAGAAAUGGAAGUGUAAUUUUUACUGUACUUUUUGGUACCUUUGAAUCUAAUGUAUUGUAUGGUAUUUUACAUGUCGACUGGAUUUACAUGCGCAUCGGAAGYUGUCAGAGCUUUUGAAAUAAAGCAAUUUUGAGUAAUUUUUUUCUGGUUUCUAGAUUACUUUAUUUUCUGACUGCAAGUGACAACAGGACUUUCAACAAGGUAUUCGGUGUAGGAUUGGCGAUCAUGUAAAAGGGAUUUAUCUGAUUUCAUUUAAGAUUGUCUCUAGAAAAUGUCUGCUUGUAGAUGGAAGCAACCAAUAUAUUUUGGAUUCAUUUUAAUUUUGACCUGUGUUWAGUGGCAUUUAUACAUCUAGUUGAUGCUUAAAAUAUUGCAAGGGGGUUGCAGCCCCUCUGGAAUUUCAUUCCACCAGUGUCUUUGGCAAAUUGUUAGAAAUAAACAUUUUCGUUUAUAA